AUGUUCACCAAGUUCUUUCCGAAGGACACACAAUCUUCUCAGGAAAUUCUGACAUUCUCAGACUUGGAACCACGUGUUUCUGUUCACUAUGGCAUUCCAUCUACUGCGUCAAUUCUUGCUUUUGACCCUAUUCAAAAUCUCUUGGCGAUAGGCACACUAGAUGGCAGGAUUAAAGUGAUUGGUGGUGAUAACAUAGAGGGGCUUCUAAUGUCUCCUAAGCCAUUGCCCUUCAAAAACUUAGAGUUCCUACAAAAUCAAGGAUUUCUAGUCAGUGUCUCAAAUGAAAACGAAAUUCAGAUUUGGGAUCUUGAAAACAGGCGUAUAGCUUCCCAUUUACAGUGGGAGUCCAAUAUAACUGCUUUCUCUGUCAUCUAUGGCUCCCAGUACAUGUAUGUAGGAGAUGAGUAUGGGUUUUUGUCUGUGUUGAAGUAUAAUGCUGAAGAAGGCAAAAUCCUGCAGUUGCCCUAUCAUGUUCCUUCAAAUAUUAUAGCUGCUGACCGAAAUCUGAGUAUUGAAGCUUGUGAGGUUGGUAGUGAUAGAAAGCAGCUUGAGGUAAUCUCUGAGCUAAAGAGUAACAUGGGAAAGAGCUCUAUUGCAGGGAACAACAUUCAGAGUGAUCAGUUGCACAAAUUAGGAAAUAUUGAUGAUGCAAAUCUUGUUGCUAGCCAUUGUACGCUCUCAUUGGAGAUGGGUCUACAAUCUGUUUCUGGAAGGAUUGGUGAAUGGCAGAAAACUCUUUCUCUGAUGUUUGUAGAAUUGCUUCUAGUGGAUGUAGGUUAUGCUGUCAAAAUGGAGUUACUUAUCUUCUUGGAGGACUUAAGAGAAGUGAUCAUUAUGGGUUUCAUCAUUGCUGCGUUUUCGAGGAUUCCUAGGUCAGCCAAUGCAGAGGAAGAUAACUUGACUUAG